GAGUAUGUAUAUGUGAGUAUACGCGAAUAUAAAUUCCUGGACACGGCCGGAGCCGGAGUCCGGAGUUUCAAGUUGAUCGAAGUGACGAUUCUGCGGUGAGCGUUCGGGAUUCGGGAGGAGGCAGGAGGAGGGCUGGAUCCCCACACGAGAGAGAACAGAGAUAUUUCGGAUGGACGGACAAGAGACGACGUGCGCGUGAGCGAGCGAAACGAAUCUAACCUAUUUUCAGGACGCGACGUAGAGAAUGUGACUUUUGUCAUCGAAAUCUUCGUCGAAUUGUUUCGGUCCGUGAUGUUCUCGAUCCGGAUAGCGGAGAAACGGAGGAAACCAGGUUGGAUAGAUUUAUCGACCGUAGGAUGAUGCGCUCUGAAAAAAUCAUCCCCAGAUUCGAUUUAGACAUCGGUCUCCAGUGCGACCAGAAAUAAAAAAAUGCUACAUGGAAGUAUUUGUUAAACAGAUGAAAAUACGUAGCAAUCCCACAUAAACAUGCUAGGAAAUACUUAUGAGGUACUUCCGUCCUAUUACAAUGGAGUUGGAAGGGAGAUGUGGCAGUGGUUGGCGCAUGUCAAAUUGUCGAGAAUAAUAAUUUUGACAUCUAUAAUCUUAUUUAUUGUGCCAUUAUUUACACAUUACUAUUUAUCUAAGGUAGAAUCUGACACACCGGACAGAGAUAUAUACAGAACGUUUUCAACUUUGGAGGCUUUUGAAGACUUCACAUCCAUGAAAGCAUCGCAGCUGAAGUUGAGAAUAGAAGAGAUGUUUCGCAUAAAAAUUUCAGUGAGCAACGAAUUGAGAGAUCUCAGUGCCAAGAGGCAGAGACUUCAGGGCGAGGUUAACAGCUUGACACAAAAGAUAGACGAGCUGAAGCAGGAGUUACUACAUCAGCAAACAGAUCUUGAUAGAUUAAAGAUAAGCGUGGAGCAAGCACAGGUGGCGCAGAAAGAGGCAGUGGAGAGAAACACACCAGAAUUGGCACCACCUAAAAGAAUACUAAUUAAUGCUCUACCUGCUAUAGUACCUAGCACAGAUCCAAGAUCAUGUAGAAUGUAUAAUUGUUUUGACCACAGCCGAUGCGCGCUAACCAGUGGUUUUCCUGUGUACCUAUAUGAUCCGGAUCAAUUCUCAGUAGUUAAUCCAAGCUGGGAUGUAGAUGGUUUUUUAAAAACGACUAUUAAGCAAACACUAGGAUACAAUCCGCAUCUAACUAGGAAUCCAGCGGAGGCAUGUAUUUACAUAGUUUUAAUUGGCGAAGCAUUAACCUUUCAUCAAAAGAAUGAUCAACGUUUCAGUAAACCUUUAAAUAUAAAGAAAUUACGUACCCUUCCAUAUUGGGGAGGAGAUGGUAGAAAUCAUAUAUUGUUGAAUCUUGCACGUAGAGAUUUAUCUGCAGAUUCUGGAAAUAUUUUCAGUAAUCUGGAUAUUGGUAGAGCAAUAAUAGUGCAGUCUACAUUUUAUAGAAAUCAAUUCCGGAAUGGUUUUGAUUUAAUUGUUCCGCCAAUUUUGGGACCACCUGGCGGAGAUGUUUGGCAAGAAUGUGCACAAAUGUUACCCGCGAGAAGAAAAUAUUUGCUGUCGUUUCAAGGAGAAAUGAGAACUUUCAUGGGCACGCCGAUAACAUAUCAAAUUGAUGACGCAGACAUAGAUCUGGAAAAAUUAGUAGUCGAUAAUAACAAUAUAGAUGCAUUUAUUAUCCAACAUUUAAAAGACAUGAGCAGUGGAGUAACUUUGGAUAAAUUUUUUAUUCAAUUUGAAUGUAUACCAGCUUCUGUAGAGAACAAACCUGCAGAAACUCUUGAUUGGUCUCUUUGUGGAACUGAUUCGUCCAGAAGGGCCAUAUUAAAGGAAUCAACAUUUGCAUUGAUCUUAGCGCCCAGUAAUGCUACAUUAUUGACUACUUCGUUUAUGCAAGCAAGAUUGUAUGAAGCAUUACGAGCUGGAUCAAUACCGGUUAUUCUCGGUGGCGAUCAGAUUUUGCUUAGUUAUAAUGAAGUUAUUACUUGGAGGAGAGCAGUUAUUUUCCUACCUAAGGCUAGAGUGACUGAAAUGCACUUUUUAUUACGCGCUGUUCCCGACAACGAUCUUUUGGCUAUGCGGAGACAAGGUAGAUUGAUAUGGGAGCGUUAUAUGAGUACUGCUCAAAGUGUAAUGGAUACGACUAUAGCAGUAGUAAGAGAUAGACUUGGUAUACCUCCAUUACCAGCGCCUCAAACACCGAGUCCUAGUGUUUUUAACGAAAGUUUUGUGCCUUUAAAAUCGGACACCAUCAUUGCUGAACCUGAGGCUGAAGAAAGUUUGGGUCCUUUAGAACCGCCAUAUCCAUCUCCUGCUUUUAAAAGAAAUUAUACGACGCUAUUAGUCCAAGGUCAUGAAAUUUGGAAUGAUUGGAUGGAUCCGUUUAAUUUAUAUCCGCAAUUACCUUUUGAUGCUAUUCUUCCUAGUGAUGCCAAAUUUCUUGGUUCAGAAGUUGGUUUUCGACCUAUUGGUAAAGGUGCUGGAGGCGCUGGAAAAGAGUUUAGUGAGUCAUUGGGAGGAAACCACCCAAGAGAACAAUUUACAAUUGUCAUGUUAACCUAUGAAAGAGAACAAGUUCUUAUAAAUUCACUGGCACGUCUUUAUGGUUUACCUUAUCUAAAUAAGGUACUUGUAGUGUGGAAUAGUCCGAAACCACCUGUAGAAGAUCUCAAGUGGCCUGAUAUUGGCGUUCCUAUACAUGUUAUAAAAGCUCCAAGAAAUAGUUUGAAUAAUAGAUUCCUUCCAUUUGAUGCAAUUGAGACAGAAGCCGUCCUUUCUGUUGAUGAUGAUGCUCACCUGAGGCAUGAUGAAAUCAUGUUUGGUUUUAGAGUAUGGAGGGAACAUCGAGAUCGUGUGGUAGGAUUCCCUGGUCGCUUUCAUGCAUGGGACCAGAAUUAUCAUAAUGCUUGGAAUUAUAAUUCUAAUUAUUCUUGUGAGCUGUCCAUGGUUUUAACUGGGGCUGCUUUCAUCCACAAGCAUUAUACAUAUCUUUAUACCCAUUGGUUACCACAGGCAAUAAGGGAUAAAGUUGACGAAUACAUGAAUUGUGAGGAUAUUGCAAUGAAUUUUUUAAUAUCACAUCUUACGAGAAAACCACCAGUUAAAGUAACAUCACGUUGGACAUUUAGAUGUCCAGGUUGUCCAAUUUCACUCUCAGAAGAUGAUACUCAUUUUCAGGAAAGACAUAAAUGUAUCAAUUUCUUUUCACAGGUUUUCGGUUAUAUGCCUCUAUUGAAUACACAGUAUAGAGCUGAUUCGAUCUUAUUUAAGACACGAAUACCACAUGAUAAGCAAAAAUGUUUCAAGUUUAUAUGAAAAGGGGAUACGUUAGAAUUUUUGUGUAGAUAUUAUAGUAUAGGAUUUGUACGACUUUGUACUUUGAUACGAUUUUAUGAAGCUCAUAACUUAAGAAUUAUCAUGCUGAAUAUUUUACACAGAAUGUAUACAGGAAAGCACAAGGUAUAGUAAGGAAUUUAUAACAAUUAUAAAAAUAAUGUAAAAUUUUCAAACUAUAUUUAAGAAUGAAUGAAGAACAAUGAUUAAAAAGUAGAUAUAUAUAUUAGAUAUCACUCUCUCUAAUUUUUUUAAUUUUUGUAAGAUUUAAUAGGAAACGAUGAUUACAAAUGAUCAAAUCAAAGUAAUGGGAAAUAUUAUAUAAAGUAAAUAUGUAAUUAUAAAUGAUUCUCUUUUGCUUCAAGUUUUUUAAUUAAAAUUAAUAUUUAACAAAAAAAUAUUUAGUGUUCUAGAAAAAUGGAUAUGGUCCAUUUUGUAAAUAUAUUAAUAUUAGCAUAUUAUAUAAUAUUGUGUUCUACUAUAUAUUAAUAUAGUAGUCCAUGUACUAUACGUUAAUAUAUUCUAUAUAAGUGGACUAAAAUAUAAUUUAAUAUACUAUGUACUAUCAUAAUAUAAAUAUAGUAAAUUAAUGAAUUACUGCCUAUUACCAUAAUGUACAUAUCUAAGAUAAAAUUUAAAAGGUGAUACAAUUUUUAAACAAAAUUAUAUUUAAUGUUCUUAUAUUUACAGUCAGUGCAAUGAUUUACAUUACAUUAUAUUUAAAUGAUCAUGUAUUCUAUAAUUAAGUUUUCAUAAAAUUUAAUAAUAAAGUUUUCAUAAAGACCGGAAAGAAA